CAUUCGUCAGCGUUCGAAUCAAAACAUAACAAACCUUGUGCCUCUUAUCACUGCAGCAUGCUGAAUAAUGUUUCAGCACUACCGACUACCGUUUCAGUAUCACGUUUGUUGACGAACUAUUUUCUAAACAAUAACAUAACCUUUGUUUAAAGUACUGUGUUGUCAUCGUGGGCCGCAAAGUUGUAUGCUCCAAGUUAAUUUUCAGAGUCAGAAUAACUAUAUAGUUCUUUGGCUGGAGUAUGAUAGUUCUGUGAAAUUGAGUGCAUUUUUUUCAAUGUUAUCUACAUCUUGACAAGAGCUGUUUAGAACAACAAAUCCAUAGCCAUUAUGGACCAAGUCCCCAAGCACGAAGUUUCUGCAACCAGCCUUGGGGGCGACUGCACUUAUGAAAUUCCAAAAAAAUGUAUCUUUUCUGAAAAAGAUAUGAAGUCAUGGGAAUUGAGUGAAGCCUACGAUGACUAUUUUGGAUUCAUCAAAGCUAUGAAUGAAGCCUCCAAAGCCAAAUCCUUGAAAAUUGAUUGUGAAAUUUCUGAGAUGACCCGAGGAAUACUCAAUCUUCUAAGCACUCUAGAUGAAUGGAUUGAUCAGACUCCGCCAAUUGAACAACCUCAACGGUUUGGUAACAAAGCUUUUGCACUAUGGUACCAGAAAUGUAAAGAGAAUAGCAGCAAAUUAUUGGAAGAUAUUCUACCCAAAGAGUUACAUCCAGCAAUUGUAGAAUUAAAAGAAUAUUUAACUGAAAGCUUUGGAAACUCAACAAGAAUUGAUUAUGGCACAGGACAUGAAAUGUCAUUUUGUAUGUUUCUAUGUUGUCUCUUCAAGCUACGUAUUUUUCAAGAAAAAGACAGUGUAGCCGUGGUGACCAGAGUUUUUAAUAAGUAUUUGAAUUUAGUUCGCAAACUUCAAAAAACAUAUCGCAUGGAACCUGCAGGCAGUCAUGGUGUCUGGAGUUUAGAUGACUAUCAAUUUGUACCUUUCAUAUGGGGAAGUGCGCAGUUCAUAGGAAAGCCAAUUAUUGAACCAAGUAUGUUCCUUCAAGAUGAAAUAGUGAACAAAUUGCAUCAGGAAUAUAUGUUCAUAGGCUGUAUUAAGUAUAUAACAGAGGUCAAAACUGGUCAUUUUGCAGAACACUCAAAUCAGUUGUGGAACAUAAGUGGACUCACCACGUGGACUAAAGUUAAUCAAGGUCUUAUCAAAAUGUAUGAUGGAGAGGUAUUGAGGAAAUUUCCCGUAAUCCAGCAUGUUUUAUUUGGGUCAAUCUUGCGAUUCCAAGCAUGUGAAAAGGCAAAAUUUGCUCUUCCAAUGCAGCGGAAACCAUCAGCACCAUUCAGUGUCUCCACAUUGCAGCUUACUAGGGAAGCUGUUCUCUCACGGUCUCAAUCAGAUGCAGAUGCAUCGAAUAAAGAACCAGGUAACAACCCACCUGUUUCUGUCAAUGAAGCUAGGAUAAGCAAAAGCCCUGACAACCAAAUCAACUGAUCAGUUUCGUUGUUUUCUUUUUGCAAAGCAAAAUCAGGAUAACUACUAAAAAAUAUGAAGCUGAAGUAUGAAAUAUUCAGUCUGUCAACUAUAUCAUUCAUCAUACUUACUAUCAUUUAUUUUUCUACUCCAAAUUAGGUUUUGAAUGAGGCCGGUUUCAAAAAUCUGAUGUUGUAUGGUAUUUCAAUUCAAUAAUUGACUUCAAGCCCAAUCGACAACAAAAGUCAACAGUUUUGGGAUAUUAUAACUUGCCAAACUGGAAUGUUUUGAAUGAAGAAUUCGAAAAUACAUGGAACUAAAAAGUUGAAUCAUAGAUAAUUUUAUGAUAACUUUACCAAUCAAAGUAUGCAUCUACUUCAGAGAGGAGACAAGGAGAUCACCUCAAUUACCCCAUUUGAGUUUGAUUGGACUGAAAUUGCUAUUCUUAAAUUAAUAAUUGUGUGUGAUGAAUUCUAAUCCUAAUCACGAAUAUAUAGUUCUAACUUUGCCUAAUUUUUCAAACACAGAACUUAUUGUUUAAGUCUAAAAAUAACCAAGUUUCGAAUGUUAUUUUAUUACUCCUAAAAUAAAAAAUAAAAAGAUAAACCAUUGACAAUUUAAAAAAAUUGGAUGGGUCAAAUGCCUCUCAGUAGUGAGUAUUUGAGUGAGUUCAAACCUCGGUGCCCCACCUUCAAUCACUAUCUUAUUAGGAAAAGCUGAGCUAAAUAAAAUAUUUAUCAUUCCAUCUCUCAAAAUUUUAUCAAAAAUCAUUACACUGCAAGCAAACCGCAAGUACAUGUAACUGGUUCAGUAUACUAUUUAGUGCUGCACAAUCUUGUUUUUCUAUUUUCUAAAUUAUUUGAUGAAUAAUCAUAAUUAUGAGUAUUAUUGUGAUUAACUCCAUUAUUCUAAUCAUGAUACAUAAAUUAAAAUAUCCUCAGUUGCAUACUGGGACAAAAAACAAAGACAAUUUUUACUUGUGAUGUAAAGAUAAUUUACGUUAAAUUUUUUUCCAUCCCCAUUUCUUUUAUUCUUAAAGAUAAUAGGAAACCAAUUUAAAUGUUUUGAAAGGUUUUCCAUUUUUAUCAGGACUCAUUUUGAUGUUUUCUUAGAAAAUUUUUGUUGCCUUUUCUUUCUGAUCUUCUGGUUAUUUUCCUUUUUUUAAAUGACGAUGGCCACUUCAGGAUCGGAAUCAGAUCUUCUGAUCACUCCAUGGGUUCUAAUUGGCGCAUGAAACUACUCCGUGACCCAGGCCGCCCUCCUAAUUAGUACCAGUAAUGCUCUUUACGUUCCUCUUGAUAAUAACCCACUGUUUUGCUAUAUGAGUGUAAAUAUAGUGCGUCAUCAGUUUUAGUUUUUAUUUCAAAAUCGGUUGUAUCGUGAGACAAGUAGAAACCAUGAGGUGAUCAGAAGACCUGAUGAUGGGAUACUCAAAUCCAGGAAUGGCCAUUGUCAUUUAAAGAAGAAAAAUAACCAGGAGAUCAGAAAGAAAAGGUAAAAACAAAAAUUUUCUAAGAAAACAUCGAUUUAAAUGUCUCAAAAUAAUUUUAUUUUGCUUUUUCCCCCUGUUUAUCUAUAAAGGAUAAUAUCUACUAAAUCCUAUUUGCCGAAUUUAAUAUUAAAUUUUUUCAAGUUUUGCCAAGUACAAAUGUUGCCAAAUUUCGAAACUUGACAGUUUCUAUCUUCUUUCUCUGAAAACUUCAGUGGUAACUUUUGCAAGUUGGCUACACAAUUUUAUUUUGAUUUAAAUCCCUUAUAAUUAUCAAUUUUACGUGAGACUGCCCGCCACACUAAUAAUGGAUUCUUUUAAGUACAUCUACGUAGAGCAAAAAAAGCAUUGCCAGCUUGCAAGAAUCACCGCCGAGAAACUCGCAUUUCUCUGACAGAAAAAUUACAGAGGACAUAAAGAAACAAAAUUACACAGAAACUUUAGAAAAAAAUCCCUUUUCUUUAAGUCAAUCAACUACAGAAAUAAGCAUUAUGUAAUUCAAUAGUUUCAUCUGUUUCCGUUAUUCAUUGAUGCAAAUUUUACAAGCAAUAUUCUCUUCUUCUAAUAUGCUUCCUAAAAUUAUCGGGUGCUCCACUUUAGUGCAUCUUCUUCUUUUAAUUUAUUCGUUUUACGGCAAAGUCGUCAAUAUGUUUUCUUUUCUUUUGAAUGAAUUUCACCUUUUAUUUUGAAAUAUUUGAUUUAUGUAGAUGAACUUGUCAGCUAGUCAUUUUUCUCCCUAAGAAUAUUACAUUUUUUUCUAAAGUAAAAA